UCCUCCGGAACCGUUCUUCCCCUUUCUCCUCCUCCUCAACAUGGCGCAGUCGAUUAACAUCACGGAGCUGAAUCUGCCACAGUUAGAGAUGCUCAAGAAUCAACUGGACCAGGAAGUGGAGUUCUUGUCCACGUCCAUCGCCCAGCUCAAGGUGGUGCAGACCAAGUACGUGGAAGCCAAGGACUGUCUGAACGUGCUGAACAAGAGCAACGAGGGGAAAGAACUACUCGUCCCACUGACGAGUUCUAUGUAUGUCCCUGGGAAGUUACAUGAUGUGGAGCAUGUGCUCAUCGAUGUGGGAACUGGCUACUAUGUGGAGAAGACAGCUGAAGAUGCUAAGGACUUCUUCAAGAGGAAGAUAGACUUUCUCACCAAACAGAUGGAGAAAAUCCAGCCAGCUUUGCAGGAAAAGCAUGCCAUGAAACAAGCUGUCAUGGAAAUGAUGAGCCAGAAGAUUCAACAGCUCACAGCCCUGGGGGCAGCUCAGGCUACUGCCAAGGCCUGAGAGUAUGUUGGAGAAACGGGGCAGGGGGGAUCCCACUUCAAGGGGCCUGGGACCUGAUGGCAUGGCCUUCUGGUGGUGGGGAAGGGAAGAGUCUUGUGUUUAACGCUAAUAAAUGUGCCCUCUGGGCAGAAUGUU